AUGAAAAAACAUCUUCUCUCCCCUCUGGUGUUCAUACUACUCCUUCUAAUCCCUCGUGACACUCAUCAAUAUGCCUGCGACGAGACCAACCCAAGCACCAGCGACAACCCCUUCUGUAACACAUCUUUACCUUAUGCAGACCGAGCCAAAGACCUCGUGUCACGCCUCACCCUCCAAGAAAAGGUGCAACAGCUAGUUAAUGGUGCCAGAGGCAUUUCCAGGCUAGGCGUGCCCGCCUAUGAAUGGUGGUCCGAGGCACUGCAUGGAGUGUCAAACACUGGGCCUGGAGUACAUUUUAAUGCAACAGUGCCCGGAGCGACCAGUUUUCCAGCAGUCAUUCUUUCGGCUGCCAGUUUUAAUGCUUCUUUAUGGCUCGAGCUGGGACGGGUGGUGUCAACCGAGGCUCGAGCCAUGUACAAUGGUGGUCUUGCUGGCUUGACAUUUUGGAGUCCAAAUGUGAAUGUGUUUAGGGACCCCAGAUGGGGGAGGGGUCAGGAGACCCCUGGAGAGGACCCUCUGGUGGUUUCAACAUAUGCUGUGAACUAUGUCAAAGGUUUGCAAGAGAUUGGUGAUGAGCAGGGGAACUCUAGUAGUACUGAUCAGAGGCUCAAGGUUGCAAGUUGUUGUAAGCACUAUACUGCUUAUGAUAUUGAUAACUGGAAAGGUGUUGAUCGAUUUCACUUUGAUGCACAGGUAACACCACAGGAUAUGGAGGAUACUUUUCAGCCACCAUUCAAGAGCUGUGUAGAGGAGGGGCAUGUCAGCAGUGUGAUGUGUUCAUACAACAGGGUGAAUGGAAUUCCCACCUGUGCUGACCCGGAUUUGCUCAAAGGGACAAUCAGAGGCCAGUGGGGUCUAGAUGGGUACAUUGUUUCUGAUUGUGACUCCAUUGAGGUUUACUACGACUCUAUACAUUACACUGCCACACCUGAGGAUGCUGUAGCCCUUGCCUUAAAAGCAGGUUUGAACAUGAAUUGUGGGGAUUUUCUUAGCAAAUACACAGAAAAUGCAGUAAACUUGCAGAAAGUUGAUGAGUCGAUUGUAGAUCAGGCACUGUUAUACAACUACAUAGUACUAAUGAGACUAGGAUUCUUUGAUGGAGACCCAAAAAUGCUCCCAUUCGGAAAACUUGGCCCGUCCGAUGUAUGCACCGAUGAUCAUCAACUGUUGGCAGUUGAAGCAGCAAAACAAGGAAUAGUUUUGCUAGACAACAAUGGUGUCCUUCCUCUGUCUCCUAACAGUACAAAAAAUUUAGCCAUUAUUGGACCAAAUGGUAAUGCCACUGAAGCUAUGCUGAGCAUCUAUGCUGGCGUGCCUUGCCAAUACACCACCCCUUUACAAGGCUUGCAAAAGUAUGUCUCGACGGUCACAUAUGAGCCGGGGUGUGUCAGUGUUGGCUGCGCUGAUGGUAGCAGAAUUGAGGCGGCAGCUAAGGUGGCUGCGGCCGCUGAUGCGGUGGUGGUGGUGGUGGGGCUUGAUCAAUCAAUUGAGAGAGAGAGUUUGGAUAGGGUGAACUUGACAUUGCCUGGAUUUCAAGAGGAGCUUGUGAUGGAAGUGGCUAAUGCUACUAAUAAAUCUGUGGUGCUAGUUGUUAUGUCAGCUAGUCCAAUUGACAUUUCAUUUGCCAAGAACAAUAGCAACAUUGGGGCAAUUUUGUGGGUUGGCUAUCCUGGCCAAGCUGGAGGGGAUGCCAUAGCUCAAGUUUUAUUUGGAGACUACAAUCCAGACCGAGCCAAAGACCUCGUGUCACGCCUCACCCUCCAAGAAAAGGUGCAACAGCUAGUUAAUGGUGCCAGAGGCAUUUCCAGGCUAGGCGUGCCCGCCUAUGAAUGGUGGUCCGAGGCACUGCAUGGAGUGUCAAACACUGGGCCUGGAGUACAUUUUAAUGCAACAGUGCCCGGAGCGACCAGUUUUCCAGCAGUCAUUCUUUCGGCUGCCAGUUUUAAUGCUUCUUUAUGGCUCGAGCUGGGACGGGUGGUGUCAACCGAGGCUCGAGCCAUGUACAAUGGUGGUCUUGCUGGCUUGACAUUUUGGAGUCCAAAUGUGAAUGUGUUUAGGGACCCCAGAUGGGGGAGGGGUCAGGAGACCCCUGGAGAGGACCCUCUGGUGGUUUCAACAUAUGCUGUGAACUAUGUCAAAGGUUUGCAAGAGAUUGGUGAUGAGCAGGGGAACUCUAGUAGUACUGAUCAGAGGCUCAAGGUUGCAAGUUGUUGUAAGCACUAUACUGCUUAUGAUAUUGAUAACUGGAAAGGUGUUGAUCGAUUUCACUUUGAUGCACAGGUAACACCACAGGAUAUGGAGGAUACUUUUCAGCCACCAUUCAAGAGCUGUGUAGAGGAGGGGCAUGUCAGCAGUGUGAUGUGUUCAUACAACAGGGUGAAUGGAAUUCCCACCUGUGCUGACCCGGAUUUGCUCAAAGGGACAAUCAGAGGCCAGUGGGGUCUAGAUGGGUACAUUGUUUCUGAUUGUGACUCCAUUGAGGUUUACUACGACUCUAUACAUUACACUGCCACACCUGAGGAUGCUGUAGCCCUUGCCUUAAAAGCAGGUUUGAACAUGAAUUGUGGGGAUUUUCUUAGCAAAUACACAGAAAAUGCAGUAAACUUGCAGAAAGUUGAUGAGUCGAUUGUAGAUCAGGCACUGUUAUACAACUACAUAGUACUAAUGAGACUAGGAUUCUUUGAUGGAGACCCAAAAAUGCUCCCAUUCGGAAAACUUGGCCCGUCCGAUGUAUGCACCGAUGAUCAUCAACUGUUGGCAGUUGAAGCAGCAAAACAAGGAAUAGUUUUGCUAGACAACAAUGGUGUCCUUCCUCUGUCUCCUAACAGUACAAAAAAUUUAGCCAUUAUUGGACCAAAUGGUAAUGCCACUGAAGCUAUGCUGAGCAUCUAUGCUGGCGUGCCUUGCCAAUACACCACCCCUUUACAAGGCUUGCAAAAGUAUGUCUCGACGGUCACAUAUGAGCCGGGGUGUGUCAGUGUUGGCUGCGCUGAUGGUAGCAGAAUUGAGGCGGCAGCUAAGGUGGCUGCGGCCGCUGAUGCGGUGGUGGUGGUGGUGGGGCUUGAUCAAUCAAUUGAGAGAGAGAGUUUGGAUAGGGUGAACUUGACAUUGCCUGGAUUUCAAGAGGAGCUUGUGAUGGAAGUGGCUAAUGCUACUAAUAAAUCUGUGGUGCUAGUUGUUAUGUCAGCUAGUCCAAUUGACAUUUCAUUUGCCAAGAACAAUAGCAACAUUGGGGCAAUUUUGUGGGUUGGCUAUCCUGGCCAAGCUGGAGGGGAUGCCAUAGCUCAAGUUUUAUUUGGAGACUACAAUCCAGGUGGGAGGUCCCCUUUUACUUGGUACCCACAAGAAUACGCAGAUCAAGUCUCAAUGACAGACAUGAACAUGAGAGCCAACGCCACUCGGAACUUCCCAGGACGAACCUAUCGAUUCUACACUGGAAAAUCAAUCUAUGAGUUUGGCCAUGGUUUAAGUUACUCAACAUUUUCAAAAUUCAUAAUAUCUGCCCCUUCCACCAUACUCAUAAAGCCAAUCACCACCACCACCCAUCAGCCACCAAACACUCUCACUUCCACCACCACCAACGGCCAGGCCAUCAAUAUCUCGACGAUAAACUGCCAGAAUUUACAGUUCCAAGUUAAUGUCGGAGUGAAGAACCAUGGGGAAAUCGAUGGACCACACGUCGUGCUGGUGUUUUGGAAGCCGGCAAGCUCGCAAGGAGUGACCGGAAUACCAAAUGUGCAGCUGGUGGGGUUUGAGAGGGUGGUGGUGAAGAGAGAGAAGACGGAGAUGGUGACGGUGGAGUUGGAUGUUUGCAAGGAUUUGAGCGUUGCUGAUGGAGAUGGGAAGAGGAAGUUGAUAACUGGGCAGCAUGCACUUGUGAUUGGUUCUUCUAGUGAGCGCCAAGUGAAGCACCAUUUCAAUAUUAGGGUUGCAAAUAGUNAUAAUGACACAACAUACACAUUUUUUUUUUAA